AUGCAGACCAACGCGGAAAUUUCAGACAUGAAGGAGAGCUGCGGCGGAAACGAACACUUGGAGGGAAACUACAAAGUCAGCAAAACGACUAAUGGGAUAUAUAGCAAUGAGAUGAAUUACUACGAUGAGCAUUACGCGAACAUGAAGGGAGAAAAUGACGCACCGAGCAAUCCAACCCAGGAAUCGAACCACUCCUCAGAUGAAAAUUAUUACCCAAGCGGUAUGAACGAAAUGAAUAAAUACGAUUCUGCCAUGUUAGCGGAUAAAGAUGAUCAUGAAAAUGCUGCGAGCAAUGAGUAUGAUGUGGACGCCAUGGACAACGACAUGUUAGGGAACAGAGCAGAUAGCUAUGGAGCAAAGGCGUACGGUUGUGUCAUUCAAGACAAUGGUAAUAAUGUGGUUAGUAUGAAUGGGACUGUAUCGAAUCAGAGCAAACUGGUGACCCCCAAAAUGUUCGGCUACGGAUUAGGUAUGGGGAAUAGCCCCUUGGGCAACGUCGGCAUGGGCCAAAUGGGCGACGCAAAUCAAGCCGGCUUCAUCAACGGAGUGAGCGCCAUGAACACGAUGAGCUUUAUCGGCAACAUGGGCGGGAUUAGCGGCAUGAUCAGGAUGAACUGCAUGGCCGGAGAGAGCGCCACCAACCAGGGAGGCAACUUCGGAGGCGCCCAAGCAACGCACAACUUUGCCCCAAAUGAAAGUCAAAACUUCAUGAACAGCCACUUUUUAAGUAAGACCAAAAUGUACAGCGGGGGAAGUAACCCGAUGGAUGAUGCAAAUGUGGAGGGGAGUCACAUGGUGUCUAUGAAUCGACACAUGAAUAGUAACAGCGCGAAUGGGAUGAUCAGCACCAACUAUCAAACCUACGCACCGAUGUAUUAUGAGAGAAAUGUGGCUAGCCAGGAUAACAUGAAUAGCAAUGCCUACGAUGAGAGCGCAAAUUAUUUGGCAAACUACACACGAAACGGUAUGACCAUGCGGGAGGGGCUCCAAAACGAGUCGUUCAAAGAAAGCGAAGACGAAAUUAUGAACAACUCGGUGGAAGAUUAUUACGAGAAGGGCACUGAGCAGCGUGGCUAUCUGCAGCAAAGCGGCGAGGGCACUCCGGGGGGGGGCUACGUGCCCUACAACCCCUGCAGCAAUAGCAAUAGCAACAGCAACAACAACAGCAACAGCAGCAGCAACAGCAGCAGCAACAACAACAGCAACGUAAGCUGCAACCACAACGGAAACAACCGCAGCAAUAACAACUACGCCGUGUCUCCCUACAUGAAUAACGCCGAUGGUGGCAGCUAUGCAUACGAGGUGGAUGCCAACAGCGGGCUCUACAUGAACAGACACAAUGGGAACCUGUGUGACACCUACGUGAGUGUCAUGAGCGGCAUGGGCAGCAGCGUUGGCGGUGGGAACUUUAGCGGUGGAAAUUUCAACGGUGGGAAUUUUAGCGGUGGAAAUUUCAACGGUGGAAAUUUUAGCGGUGGGAACUUCAACGGUGGGAACUUGAGCGGUGGGAACUUGAGCGGUGGGAACUUGAGCGGUGGGAACUUGAGCGGUGGGAACUUGAGCGGUGGGAACUUGAGCGGUGGGAACUUGAGCGGUGGGAACUGCAGCGGUGGGAACUGCAGCGGUGGCCACUCGAACGGCAUCGCCGUCAACUGCAGCAACUCGAGCAGCAACCAGAUCAAGGGCAUGAGCAAGGCAGGCGGGAGCGGCUGCGAGGGGAUGAACACUAACUCGACGGUCAGCCAGGACACCACGUUCCCGGUUAACUAUGAGGAGGAUGAAAACGACGAGGAAAAUGUUGCUCCCGAGGAAGGUGCGAACGGUGGCGCGAACAGCGGGGGGAUUAGCGGCGAGAACAACCGAGUUAAUGGCGGCAACGACGGGCGUGGGCUGGUGUGCGCGGCGGACGAGGGCUUCCCCAAGUACGCGGACAACAAGGGCCUCGUACACAUCAUGGGCGCCACGUUCGACGCAGCAGAGCAUGACCACGCAGAGCACGCCGAUUCGAUGUUCAACCCCAACAGACUGAACCCCUUCAGUUACAACCAGUUCUCCAGCCUAGGCAGCAGCUACAGCAGAAGGAGCAGCACAACGAAUUCUAUGAACCUCUCCAGUAUGAACGACUUCGAUAACUCCCCUUCGUAUUCCAAUUGCCACAAUAUGGUCAUGCUGAAACAGGAGCAGAAUGUGAAGCACAUGGUUGAGAAUGGAAAGAACCCGUAUUUAGAACCCACCACCAAUGGGUACACGAACCUCAGACCUAGCGCUAGCUACAGCCGGGCUAUAGUGGACUGUAGAGUAAAUGGAAUGAAAAUGAAAAAUGUGGAUUUCAAGAUGGAGGUGAAGGGCAACGACGAAGCGGAUAUGGGUGGCAGCAGAGAGGGCAUAAUGGCUAGCAGCAGAGACGGCAUACUGAGUGGACGUGGCCGGAUCGGCAACGGCACGAACAGUAGCAGCGAAAUGGAGCAGGUGAACCACAAGCCGAGGGAGAAGUUCUCCAUGUACGUAACGAACGAAGAAGGAGAAUUCAAAAAUGUCAGCUGUGGAAAUGAGCAGGCUAGCUAUGCGGAAAUGGCGAACGGAAAUGGGGAGGACAUGGCUGAGUACAACCGGGAGGCAGAGUACAACCAGGGGGCUGAGUACAACCGGGAGGCUGGGUACAACCAAGAGACAAAGUACAACAUGAACGAGUCCUACGAUGCUAGCCUGUACAACGGUAAGGAGGUAGACUCCCACAUGGACAACGACAUGAGCCGCGAGAUCGAUUCCAACGUUCAGAUGAAUACCUCAGAAGGGUACUCUAACGAAUUAGCGGAUAACGUGCAGAUGAGAAAUGUAGGCACUUACGAAGGGAUGCGUAGCAUGAAUGGGGAUAAUCGGCACGUGAUGUACAAGGUUGAACAGAAUGUCAAGCUGAACGGAGGAGGAAUGUCCAAUUCGGUGGACCACCUGCGAGCAGAGAACUACCAGAAGUGUAAAAACUACAUGGGAAAGACGAGCAUUUCCCAGAUGUAUAACCCUAACGAGGAAAUGAAUAACUCCAACAAUUGGGCUGCUUACCAUAUGAGGAAUUCGGCGUCGAAAAAUUCGUACUUUUUGAUGCCAAAUGGGAACAACCAGCCCAGUAGUGACCUCUCCAAUGGGAUGAGUUACGAUGGGGGGAAUGCUAAUGGGAUGUCCACGGAGGAGGGCGUCCGUCCUACUGGUACAAGCGGAGUUGCGACUACAGCGGCGGCCGCUUCUGCAACCGCGGCCUCCGUGGCCUCCGUGAUGGAAUAUAGAAACAACAUGAACUACUUCGAAAACGUGAACAAGAGCAUCAUGCGGAGCGAAAACGGGUACGAUUAUGUGAAUCCUCAGGCAGCUUCCCACAGCAGCUACACCCACCAGUGGAUACACCGCAUGAAGGGCUACGCCUCUGAAGAGAAGAUCCAAGUGCCUAUGAACAUGAACGGAGGUUACAACACCAUGAGCGGUAGUAACUAUCUAAUGCAGCAUGCGAGUAAUCACGGUGAGAAGUCCAUUAUUCGUGGGUACAGCAGUGUGUACAACACGUUAUUGUCGGUGAAAAAUGGGGAUGGGGGCACUCAUGCCAGCGGCAACGGUGUGGGUAGUAACCUCAACAGGGAGAAUGACACCGUAGGUGGACCGUGCGAUAUGAACAACAUGCGCAUGCAGAAUGGUCACCAUAGUGGUAACAUCUUAAACAGCAUAGACCCCCAGAAUGGCCAAAACGAUUUGAACACGCUGAAUAGCCUCAUGGCCAUGAAUGGUGAGACGCCCCUAAAUCAUCUGAACAUGCUGGUCAUACCAAAGAUUAAGGGAGUCCGUUUUGACAAAUCGGGGAGAAGAUGGGUGGCUAGCUGGAGCCAAAAUGGAAACCAAAAGAGGCAGUACUUUCCUGUGAAGAAAUUUGGCCAAACGCAGGCCAAAUAUAUGGCCAUUUUUGCCCGGAUAAGGGCCGUCAAGUGCAUGCAGAAGAAGCCCCACGGCGCGGCGGAGAAUAAGCGCAGUCAGUGCAGGAAGGGCGCGAUGAAGGAUAAAGCGAAGGCCGAGUUGAACGAAGAGGGCAAUGAGUACUACGACGAGAGUAAUGAGAACGAGGAGGACGCAGAUGGGGAUGGAGAGGCGGAUGGCGACGGGGAUGGAGAGGCGGAUGGCGACGGGGAUGCCGAUGCAGAUGCAAAUGGAGAUGUUGAUGCCAAUGGCGAUGUCGAUGGCCAUGUUCAUGUCAAUGCCCAUGGCGAGAGGGAACUCGUCGUCGAGGGGGCCAUCAGAUAUGGAGAGAACACCCGCGCCGACCAAAGCGGGGCAUUCUACAACCGAGGUGUGACGAACGCAGCCCCAAACGAAUGGGGGGAUGAAUCUGCGCUGAAAAACUACUACGGGUACCCAGAUGGGCCAUGUAGCGUGACGCACAACGGCAUGCCCAUUAACAACAACGAUGGUACAGACGAUUCAAGGGUGUGUAAUUUUCAGCCCUAUGCGCCUGUGAGUUUGUCCGCGAAAGGUUUGGAUGAAGAGCGGGGCGGAGCGGGAAAUGUGUGUAAUAGUGAGGAGGUCCAAGAGGAGGAGUUGGGUGAAGGAGACCCGAACCAUGCGUACAGAGCGACGGGCCGCGGCAUCAGCAGCAGCGGUAGUAGGGCAAACGGGGCCCAAAUGGCUCGCGACGACCCCUAUUGCGAAUCAUCCUGCGUAGGGGAAGCGGGAGAUCAAGAGCUGCAAAUGGUGAAGGAAAAGGAUGAACUGGAUGGCCAGCAAGUGAUGUCCUCCUUUCAGGUGCAUCUCGGAGGAGACGCAAAUGGGGACGAAUUGGCUUCCCCCCAGAUGGCAGUGUCGGAGUGGGUACAGUCAGAUGAUGGGAAUUUUGGGGUGUGCCCAGAAAGUGCCUUUUUGAGGGGAGCAGACCGCGAGGAAGGAGAGCCCAAAGGGAGAGAGGGCGAAGAAAAUAACGGAAACGCUGCAAAUGGAGAAGGUGCCAAUGGAGAUUCCUUCUUAGGUGGUGCCCAGCAUGGUGGCGAAGACCCGCACGAGGCGUCCGAAAGGGAGAAAAUGAACAAAAUUGAUGAGGAUGGAAACGCGGCGAACACAACCAGCGUAAACCCCAGAAGUGGUGAUGACCCAUUUUGUGAAUAUAAGAUGGCGGAAGAGGGGAGGCAUGCACCAGCUGGUUCGGAGGAGGUCAUAGGGAGGUGUGAACUGAACGGCGCGAUGCGAGAUGGUCUACUGGCCUGGGGGGCAUGUCACGAAGGUGGAGAAGCUAACCAGUGGGCGGAAGGCCACCAGGAAGGCAACCUUGAGGCGGCAAACUGUGAGGAUUCCAUCCGGGAAGAUCACAACCGCGAAGGUGCCUCCCCGGAGGAUCACAACCGAGGGGAGACUGGCCGAGGAAGUCCCCACGCGGACGACACGGAGGGACAACAAACGGACGGCGAGGACGCGACUGCAGGCGGAGAAAUCCCCCAUGGCGACGCCCCCAGCGAGGGGAACACCAGCGACGACUCCGAAACGGACGGCGAAUCCCCAAACGAAGUGAAACAUGCAAUGAAGCACGACCGUCUUGCACAGAAACAGCCACAAACGCACGGGAAGGAAAACCAGGUCAUUUUAAUGAACGUAAAUCUGAUCGAAGUGAAAGGACUAGUAGACGUAGAAAAGGCAAAGGAACACGGCAACAAUGUAGACGACAAUUUGAGGAAUCUCAUUCUGCUGGUGGAAAGGCUGAAGAGGAGAAAGGUUAAAGUGUUUAGAGAUGCAGAUGACCGGUUCGUACUGACCCUAAGCAGAGAAAUGACCGAACGGAUGACCACUCCGUUGGAUGAACUUAACAAGCUGAACGAAAAUGAAAAGGUUAUGCUCUUCGUGCAGCUGAAGGAGUACUACCUUAGGGAGGCCAACCGAAUUUGCCAUAGGAAGAAGAUCUCCCUCGGAAAGCGUAAAAAUGGAAAGAAGGAAGAAGCAGAUGAUGAACUGCGUAACGAUAAGGCACAGCUUCAAAUUGAAGAGGGGAACGACUCGUGCUCUGGAUCCCAUCUGCAAUGUCCCUGCAAAGUGGAUGACAAAAAUGAGGAUGUGCUUAGCGUACGGGAAGGAAAAAGGAACGGUUUUAGGAAACGAAACAACAAUGGUGAGUUGAUGCACCAGAGUGGAAGUGCCGAACCUGAUGAAGAAAUGAGCCAUAGUAGUAGCCGCGUGAAUUGUAAAAAGGGCGCUCAAGUGUGUAGCAAGAAUGGUGACGUUGCGGAAGAUGCAGGCUGUGGCAUCAGCGUGUUGUUUAGCGGCAAGUCUAACAGCGCAUCAGGUGAUUAUGCCAAUUUUGCCCAUUCUGAGAACCCCCCAUUUGACAGGAUCUUUGAGGUGAAUGAAAGAAUUGAGGACGAGCAGUGCGUUGGUGGAAGUGCAUCCGAUGGCGUGUCGAAUGUGAAAAGAUUUAAAAGGCAAAAAGGUGCGGCAUGUUCGGACGUACUCCCCAAAAUGGACGCGUCGACCCACUCGGUCGGGCUAGGAUGUUAUGAUCAAUUGGGCGAAGAAAGUGCCUUGGGUAACACCAUGGAUGUGCGGAACUGCGAAGUUAGCUGCGAAGUUAGCGGCGAAGUUAGCGGCGAAGUUAGCGGCGAAGUUAGCGGCGAGGGGGGUUGCGGUACCGACUUGGAGAUAUUAAACGGGGAGCUGCACGAGAUGUACAAACAGACCACUGAGGAGUCGUACGAGCAGACCACCGAGGAGGCUCACGACAAGACUGAUGUGUCCACGCUGAAUGAGAACGGAUCGACCAAUCACAUGAGCAGAUACCAUGGCAGUGAUGACACCAUGUUCCUUCGUGACGAUGCGGAUGGGGCAACCUCUUCCGGGGUUGCUACAUUCGAGGGGGAUGAUGCUUCUGCUGGUCCAACCGGCAACCAACAAAUCUCUGACAUUUCAGACGAAGUGCACCGAAAUGGAGAGCACACAGAUUGGAGCGGUGAUGAACUCCCAGGCAGCACGUGCAGUAGCGGCACAGAUGAGCAAACCGGCGUGGAGGAUCCUCUCUGUUUGAGGAAUCAUCUGAUCGCGUCGCACAGCUAUGAGGGCAGCAACCCGUUUAGCGAAUCUGGAGACCAUUUUGAAGAACUUCCCCUUGAGAGAGUCCCUCAGAAUGGUCAUGUUUUACCUGAACGGUUAAGAAGCAAUCUGAACAGGGUUGCAACAAGUGGGGCCAGCUUCACUCCAUUUGAUAACGGCCGUGUGUUUUGGGAGAACGACCUAUCGCAGCACUGGCUCGAUGGGGGGGAUGCGCUCCAACAUGAUCCAUUCCAAGGGGAUGCGCUCCAACAUGAUCCGUUCCAAGGGGAUCCACUCCAGAUGAGUGAGGCCUGUGGGGAAAGCCACCUGCACAAUAGCAGAGCAGUAGCAACGAACAACAUGUGUGCCCCUUCCAGUGGCUACAAUUCGGUUCACAUGAGAGGACGUUUGCAUGAGGCCCAUUACGCAGGCGGAAAUGGCGAGCUGUGCAAUGGUACGCACAGUUCAAGGCAUACAGAUGAUGUGUCUAACGAUGUGGUUGUAGAUGCCUUGUCGGGUGAUGCUCCCCCAUCUCCUGUCAAUUGGAGUUACCUUCCGAACGAGCAUGCGGUAGCAGAAGGUGGCGAAGAUAAUGGGGUGCGCCAAACGGAGAGUGCUUAUCCGAAUGGCAGCGUGAACAUGGGCAGGGAGUUGCACUGAAAUGGACGUUUGAGCGGAUGCGAUGGGCGAGAUGGGCACUUUCUGCACUCAGCCCCCUCCCGAAUUUAUUCCCUCAUUCGUAUCCUGCAUGCACUCUUUUACCACCCGUGGCUAUUCCCCUUUUUUUUUCUUUUUUUAUUAUACUUUUUUUAUACUUUUUUUUUUUUUGCAAAAAGUAACAGCACUUAUCGCUUCCUUAAUCAUCCACACAUUCCCCCCGUGGUGGAUUUUUUUUUUAAUUUUUUUUCGUUUUCUACGUUUCCA